CACGACGCCCUUCCGCCAUCCUCCUUCCACCACCUACACCCACCUCCAUCCGACGACGACGUCUACGCAUUUUCGUCAGUCAAACCUCUUUUUCUUGACAGUAAUUUGAGAUUUUCUCUCUCUUUUCUGUUCACUCCAGCAUUUUCCACGCAUCGACUUUGCUGGUCAGCCAUCCACCGAAUUUUCCCACCUUCUCCGACGACUCUCGAGCCCCGGCUAGCCAACGCUCUCGCAGCACUCUAGAACUCUGAACGCGUUUGACCGCCCCCGGCAUUCAACGCUCUGCUUGCAGCCACCGUAGGCUUGCAGAUUAAGAAAAACUCUUCUCCUUACCAUCUCUUCUGCUUGCUUCCAUUCCCACGGGAACGGAGCACUCUCACAGACCAACAUGACGACCAUGGAUCUUCGUGUCGGUAACAAGUACCGCAUCGGUCGAAAGAUCGGUUCCGGUUCUUUCGGUGACAUUUACCUGGGCACUAACAUUAUCUCCGGCGAGGAGAUUGCUAUCAAGCUCGAGUCCGUCAAGGCCAAGCACCCUCAGCUCGAGUACGAGGCCCGCGUCUACAAGUCUCUGGCUGGUGGUGUCGGCAUUCCCUUUGUUCGCUGGUUCGGAACUGAGUGCGACUACAAUGCCAUGGUCCUCGACCUCCUCGGCCCCAGCUUGGAGGAUCUCUUCAACUUCUGCAACCGAAAGUUCUCCCUCAAGACCGUUCUCCUUCUUGCCGACCAGCUCAUCUCCCGAAUCGAGUACAUUCACGCCAAGUCCUUCAUUCACCGAGAUAUCAAGCCCGACAACUUCCUCAUGGGCAUUGGCAAGCGUGGCAACCAGGUCAACGUUAUCGACUUCGGUCUGGCCAAGAAGUACCGGGACCCCAAGACUCACUUCCACAUUCCUUACAGAGAGAACAAGAACCUGACUGGUACUGCCCGUUAUGCCUCUAUCAACACUCACCUGGGUGUUGAGCAGUCCCGACGUGAUGACAUGGAGUCUCUUGGCUAUGUCAUGCUCUACUUCUGCCGCGGCUCCCUCCCCUGGCAAGGCCUUAAGGCUGCUACCAAGAAGCAGAAGUACGACCGCAUCAUGGAGAAGAAGAUGACCACUCCCACCGAGGUCCUUUGCCGCGGCUUCCCCAACGAGUUCGCCAUCUACCUCAACUACACUCGAUCUCUCCGCUUCGAUGACAAGCCCGACUACAGCUACCUCCGCAAGAUCUUCCGUGAUCUCUUUGUCCGUGAGGGAUUCCAGUAUGACUACGUCUUCGACUGGACCGUCUACAAGUACCAGAAGAAUGCCCAGGCUAUUGCCCAGGCUGCUGGUCAGGCCAACCCCGACGACGAGGAGAAGGCCCGCGCCAGCCGCACCAACGCGGCUACUGCUGGCCAGUCGGCUGCCAAGCCCAACGCCAUCCCCAGCACUCGCCGCAAGAUGCUCGAGCGGGGCGCUGGCGCUGGCGGCGUCGAUACUCCCGACACCAACCGUGCCAUUGGUGGAAGCGACAGGAUGUGA